AUGGUUAAAUAUUUUUUAUCAAAGAAAUUAGCUAAUGUUUCAAAUAGAUUUAAGAUAUAUGAUGAAAACGAUCAAGUGGUGUAUUACACAAAAACAGAUCUAGCAUCACUCGGGCUCAAAUUGAGUGUGUUUGAAAUGAUAGCUACACCGCCGCAACAACUACAACAACAACAAGAAAAAGAACAACAUGAAAUAUACUACAUGAAAGAGAAAGUCAAACUAUCAAUGCAUAGAAAGUUCGAAAUCUAUAAGGGUGGUGAUCACCUACAUGUGAUAGCUGUAAUCCGGCAAGAUAAACUAUGGAAUCCGACAUUCUCUGUGAAAGGCGAUAGCUUCACACUAACUCUAAAAGGUAACAAAAUGGCUAGUCACUUUCAAGUAUUAAACGAUGAUGGUAUAGAAUGUGGCAGGAUCGAAAAGACUUGGAGAAAGACAAAACCUACCUAUGAACUAGACAUACUUGAUAGUUUUGAAUUUGAAAUACCAUUCUUUUUUUGUUUCGCACUGGCAAUUGAUCGUACUUUCUUUAAUAAUACAACAAAUGGUUAA